CAUGCGAACUGAAUGCACCUCAGGCAUUGUGAGAGCUGACAUGUCUGCAACCAGUCAGCCUGGAACACGGCCAUUCACUGCAAACACUGACACCCGAGUUAAGCAAUUAAUUCGGCACAGAUGCGACCUGGGUCAAUUAACCUCAGUGCACUCURAGAGGCUACAAGAGUAGUUGGCGCGGGGUGCACAUUCCUCUUGAUUGACAGUGUGCAACCGAAUAGACGACUGUUUUCAGGAGACAAUGAACGGGGUAGCCCACAAACAGGACUCGGGUCCUCGACAACAGCUUUUCAACUGCAACCAUGCUGAUUGUGGGGCGACGUUCAAACGGGAGUGGCGUUUGAAAGAGCACGAGACCGUGCACACGGGAGCGCAACUUUUUCAAUGUAACGUGGCUGAUUGUGGCCGUCGUUUCUCACGGAAAUCUCACCUGAGCCGCCACGCACUUGGCCACACCGGGGUGAAACAAUUCAGAUGUACCUUUGUGGGUUGCACAGAGGCUUUCUUCAACGCGGACAAGUUGAAGAGACACGUCCAAUAUGCCCACGGGGAAAAGGACAAGUACUUUAAGUGCAAUUUUCCAAAUUGCUUAUUGACAUUCAAGAAACGGAGGGUGUAUAAAUUACAUUUGAAGGAGCAUGGAAUAUCUUCUAAUUUCAAAUGUUCGAAGAGAGGAUGUGGAGUCAUGUUUGACACCAAUGUCGCUCGCAAAGCCCAUGAGAAGAAACAUGCAGGGUACCGCUGCCCACAGCCUGAAUGCAAUCAUUUUGAGCAAACCUGGGGUAAAAUGCACAAGCACAUGGCUAGACACCCAGCCACAUUCACCUGUAAGCUGUGCCAGAAGGUGUUUAAGCAUGUCGACUCUCUGCGUAGACACAAGCGAACCCACGCCCUGCAGAAGCCUGUCCUGCUGUGCCCCAGCAGUGGCUGCAAGGCCUACUUCUCCACUACCUUCAACCUGCAGCACCACAUCCGCAAGACCCACCUGCAGCUCCUCAAGUACCAUUGCUGCUUCCCCGACUGCCCCAGAACCUUUGCCAUGCGGGAGAGCCUUAACAGACACCUGGCUCACCACGACCCAGAUGCUAACCCUGAGAAGAAGAAGCGCAAGCGGCCCAAGAAGGACUGGCAGAGGCGUUUGGAAGGCCACCACCAGCUGCCCCUGGUGGAGGACGACCUGCGGCGCCUCUUCGCCUUGAGCAUGAGGGUGUCACGACGGGCCAAGGUGGAGGUUAACCUCUCGGGCCUCUUCAACGAGCGCAAGAUCCCUCACUUUGUGGAAUCGGAGGUCAACCUGUGUAACCUCUUCAGUAUCAAGCUUCACUCCUCCCCUGCAGAGCGAGGCCCUGUGGAGGUCACCCAGUCAGAGGUCACUGUGGUCAAGGGUUAAAGGUCAAAUCAUAGGUUUAAGUUGAAAGUGCCAUACUACCAUAUUGAAGUUAAGUUGUAAAUACUAGUAAAGUACCAUUGCUCUUUUAGUUGCGCUAAACUGUUUGAUAUUUUGAAUGAUUUAAAACAUUUUUUAAAUGUUGCAUAUAAAGCUAUUGGUCUCAUUGUUUUCCUGUAUAAAAGCUCUUGAGUUUUGUUUGCGUCCUAUGCCUGACCUGACCCGAUAUAAAUAAAUAAUUUGAAGUUAA